AUGAGUCGACUCACGCAGGAAGAUGUUAAUUUCAUUGAAAAUUCGUUAUCAUUAGCGGAUAAGGUAUCAAUGAUUUUUCUUCUGUACGGGCAUCGAAAUCCGCAAUAUGCACUUCAAGCACUUACCGUGGCCAGUAAGGCGAUUUCAGAAGAAACCAACUUUCUUGUAGAUUGGAUGAACUAUGUGCAUUCCAGCGAUUGGGAGGAAGAGAUACUCGAAGCUCUAACCAUCUUACAGCAGAACUUGUUGCUACUUCGAGCCGGCUUCGAUGACGAGGAGCUGCAAUCCAAAUAUUUUCCACAAACAGCAGAAAUUUCUUUCCUUGUGCAUCCGAUGCUCAAAGGAUUGUACCAUUUCUGUGAAAGGCUGACUGAUGAAGACGUGCAAAGAGUGAUAAAACAGUUUCCACAUUCCACUGAAAGCUCAUUGUCAACGAACGCGUGUAUGGAGAUAGCUCUAUUGCAUCUUAUGUGCAACGAAAGCAUUGAAAUAGGUUCAAAACGGUCAGGGAAAGAGUGCAACUUAUUGACGCUUACAGCCAGCUGCAAAGCAGCUGAAUUAUAUGAUGAAAGCGAUUUUCUUAGGGGAAUUUCGGAACAUUUUAACAGAACCAUUCCAAAACCUCACCCUGUGCAGUCUGAUGCUAACACGACAAACCCGCCAGUUUGUGUUACUCUCAAACCGACAGUGUGUGAGAGUCUAAGCAACAUGCCGAGUACCAAUGAUGCAUCUAAGAUAGAGAACAGUUCUACUACCUCUCCAAUCGAUGUGUAUAAUUUCAACCCAGCGCGAGCAGGAAUUAUGCUGUUAGUAAAUCAAUUCCACUUUCAUCUUGAGCCUAACCCAGAAUUGCGCAAUCUGUUACCAUCAAAACCGUUGAAGGAUCGAAAUGGUACCGAGCUAGAUAAGAACGCGCUCAUGAAUCUAUUCAGUGAAUUUGGCUACGAGCUGAUACUAGAGGAAAAUAUAACACAUCAUCAAAUACUGCGUUCCGUACAGCAAGUCGUGGAACGAAUCCAUCCGACGCAUUGUUCGCUCAUCAUAUGCGUGCUAUCUCAUGGACAAGAGGGAAAAGUGUUUGGUUCGAAUAGCAUCCCGGUGGAGGUUAAAUCAAUACAACAGCUCAUGGCCAAUGAGCGGCUCACGGGAAAACCAAAACUAUUAAUUGUGCAGGCGUGUCAAGGUGCCGAUUUGCAAUCUGCUGUACCGGUACCGGGCUAUGAGCACGAUGGAUUGGACAGUGCGGAGCGAACAGCAUCGGUUUUUAUGGAUUUUCUAGUUGCCUGGUCUACCGUACCUGGUUUUGCUUCGGUACGUCAUGUCGACAAAGGCUCCUGGUUUAUACAAGGCCUUUGUACAAAGCUACGACAAUUAUAUCGAAGUGAGCAUUUGAUUGAUAUACUCACAGCUGUGAUAAAUGAUGUGGCAGGUAAAAGAGGAUAUGGAAAUGAAUGUAUGGUGCCAAUUGUGCAGAGCACGCUUAGUAAAAAGCUUUACUUUCAAACAUAAC